CGAAGAUCGAUAGCUACAGUGGGGAUUAUUCUGUGAGGUCUCCUCCGCGAAGCCCUAUUCGACCACCUGCGGGUCCGCCCGAAGGACGAAAAGUAGACUCAUUAGACCUUUUUGUACUACUUCGUCAUGUCUUUGGUAGGUAGUACUUGUAGUAAUGUCAGCUUGUUAGAAGUUUCCUCGGAACUGUUUUUCUCUGGUGCUCAUUCUAUACCAGAAAAUAUAAGCGUAGUUCGUCUUUCGGACACACUUUCGAUAUGUCAACAUGAAGCCGUGAUCUCUUGCUGUUUUUUCAGUUGAUCCGACCUGACUCUGCGCCUGCGUUGCCCGUAGCCGUGAGACGAUUGAUAGACGGCAAUGGGGGGCGACGGCGAGAGAAUCACGUACAGUAUCGGGAGGGUAACUUGUCGAAGCACCGCACACGCGAGCUUCAGAAGGAUGAUUACCAUCGCGCGUUAGAUCAUAACGGGAGAUUGCAGGAUGUGAAGACACUCCUAGAAAAGCAGCAGAGCACGCAAAAGUAUGACGCGUUCAAGCAGAUGAUCGCGAAGCGAGAGAAGCUAGGUCCAAAAUUUCCACGACGCGAAGACUUGAUGGAGAUCGAGUGCUACUUCAACAAGCGCGACUACCAAGAGGAAGGGCCCAACGGAGACUUAGCGGACUACGAUGGGCGUUUCAAGCGCGACAAGCCGGGCACCCUACAGAUGAUCUUCGUUUUUUACGCAAGGCUCUACCAAGUUCUACAGAACGUCG